CCUUAUGGGCAGUGGGCGGGGCCUGGGUGAUACAGGCCUCACCUUGGACGCGCUGGUGUUCUGCUGGGAGGUCGUCGUCAUGGUGGCGCCCGUGGUGUAUCUGGUGGCGGCGGCUCUGCUUGUCGGCCUUAUACUCUUCCUCACUCGCAGUCGUGGCAGAGCGGUAGCAGCUGGUCCAGGGUCACUGCACAAUGAAGAGGAUCCAAUAAUAGCAGACCAGGUGGCCCAGUAUCGGCCUCUGCAGCCUGAGGAACAGAGGGCUGGAGGCAGGCCCCGGCGCAGGAGGGACCUGGGCAGCCGCCUGCAGGCCCAGCGUCGAGCCCAGCGGAUAGCCUGGACAGAAGUGGAUGAGAAUGAGGAGGAAGCUGUCAUCCCAGCCCAGGAGGAAGAAGACAUUGAGAAGCCAGUGGAAACUCAUCUGACAGGGAAAAUUGGAGCCAAGAAACUACGGAAGUUAGAGGAGAAACAAGCUCGAAAAGCCCAGCGUGAGGCAGAGGAGGCUGAACGUGAAGAGCGGAAACGUCUAGAGUCCCAACGUGAGGCUGAGUGGAAGAAGGAGGAGGAGCGGCUUCGCUUGGAGGAGGAACAGAAGGAGGAGGAGGAGAGAAAGGCCCAGGAAGAACAGGCCCGGCGGGAGCAUGAGGAGUACCUGAAACUGAAGGAAGCCUUUGUGGUGGAGGAGGAGGGUGUGGGUGAGACCAUGACUGAGGAGCAGUCCCACAGCUUCCUGACAGAAUUUAUCAACUACAUUAAGCAAUCCAAGGUUGUACUCUUGGAAGAUUUGGCUUCCCAGGUGGGCCUACGGACUCAGGACACUAUCAACCGCAUCCAGGACCUGCUGGCUGAUGGGACUCUAACAGGUGUGAUUGACGACCGGGGCAAGUUCAUCUACAUAACCCCAGAGGAACUAGCUGCUGUGGCCAACUUCAUCCGACAGCGGGGCCGGGUGUCCAUCACUGAGCUUGCCCAGGCCAGCAACUCCCUCAUCGCCUGGGGCUAGGAGCCCCCACAACCCUGCCAGCCUGACCUCAGCCCUGCCUACUUGGACUCAGAGCUGGUGUGGCCUACCUGGCAGUACAUCUUCAUCUCUCCUCACCAUCCUGAGGCAGUGAUGGAAUGUGGCCAGGAAGUUGUAAAUUAAAGGCCUGUGAGCACUGCUGAGCUUGGUGUGGCUUGGUGUGACAGAAGGCCUGGCCUGGGAUCUCAGAUGAGCUGGUGAAAUUUAAGCCUCAGCAGAUAUCUGUGGGGGUUGAGGAUGUAGCAGUGGUAGAAUAUUUUCCUAGCAUGUGCAAGGCCCAGGGUUUGAUCCCCAGCACCACAAAAUGUUGGGCUGGGGAUGUGGCUUAGUGGUAGGAUGUUUGCCUGGCAUGUGUGAGGCCCUGGGUUCCAUCCCUGGUUCUGAGAAAAAGAAAACAGAGAGGUGGUGAGAGUCCCUUGCAAGCUGGCAGAAUUCCAAUUCUUACCCAUUUCUUCAUAAAAAACUUACUGUGGCCAGGCACAUGCCUGUAAUCCCAGCGGCUCAGGAGGGUAAGGUAGGAGGAUUGCAAGUUCAAAGCCAGUCUUAGCAGUGGUGAGGCGCUAAGCAACUUGGUGAGACCCUGCUUUAAAUAAAAUACAAAAUAGGGCUGGGGACGUGGCUCAGUGGUUGAGUGCCCCUGAGUUCAAUCCCUGGUACCCCCCCAAAAUAAAAACAAAACAAAACAAAAAACCAAAACUUAUUGUGCACUUACCAUGUUUCUUUGCAAGCUCAGUGCUGAAUGCCUAGAAGAGCUCUUUCUCUAAUCCCUUAAUCCCCCCUCAGUGAAAGUGAAGAAAACUCUUAGGCCACACCUCUCUUAACCAGAGAGAAAAAUCUUGCCAUGUCAAAUACAGGAUCCCUAAGUAAAGGGUGAGAAUCCUGGAAGAAGAGUUAAUGAUAAGUUCCAAGGAUAGAAUCUUAAGGAGCAGUAGCCUUUGAGCUGGAUGGAAGAAGUCAGUGAAAGAGAGGAUAGCCAGUUGUUUUGGGGCAGGUAUAGGAAAAGGAGGGCUUUGUGUGAGCUGGAUGUGAUUGUGCAUUGAGGAGAUAUUGUUCAUAUAGCAAAUCACAUGAACUCAGCUCUAUAUCCUUGAUUUAAAAAGUUUAAAUGGUGUGGGUGAUCCACCCACUGGUGAAUGUGAGGACCAUAUGCUCAGGAGUGGGUGUGAGAUUGGAAGAUGUAUGUCUCCUGCAGGGUCAGUCAUUCUGGUUCCUGUGGACUGUUCAUAGUAUGAACAUUCUGUGGUGCUAAGGGUGAGACACGUGUUUAAAUGUGUAUUUUUUUUUUUUUUUUAUUCAAGGUGGCCCCUAAGCACAAGCCACCUAUUUCCUCUGGUGUUUGGUGGAGGAGGCAGCUUUCUGUUCCAGGCCAGGAGAAAACUAUGUGGAUGAUGAUAGGGGAGACAGAACAAACGUCAGACUCCUGUGCAGAGCCUUUCUGAGAGGCUGUCAAGGGCAAUUUUGACUCAUGUGGUGCCAUAAGCAUUGACUGUAGAACCUAAAUUCUAAGUAAAGUGUGACUGCCAAUUCCAUCAGCAACAGCCACUAGAAGUCAGCACGUGAAGGCCCUAUGCAUUGCUUAAAAGGUCAUCUGGAGUCCAGGAUCUAGUAGGAGAGGGAAGAAAUAUACACAGAUAACCACAGUAUGAGGUAGGAACAUAAAAUUGCAAAGGGAAAAGCAGAGGAUGACUUGCAUAGUUAGAUUAGUAAUUCUCAGCCCUGUUUAUUUAUUAGAAUCAUCCGAAAAGUUUUCAGUAGUCUCAUGCCAAGUUGUCCCCAUGACUGAUUAAAUCAGGAUAGCAGGUAGAACCAGACAGUAUCAGUAGGAGAGUCCAAAGAACAGGCAAGUUUGGGAACCCAGGAACAGAGAUGGGGGGAGGGCAAUAAAGUUUCAAGUAAUUCAAAUCCCCAGAGGAAGGGGCGUCUCAGAGCCAGGCAAUAGCUCCAGGGGCUCUUGCCCCCUUUGCCUCAGUUGCCAUCCUCUACUGCCAUCCAGUAGCAAGAUAGCUAAUGCAACUCUAGUCAUAGCAUACCAUCCUCAGGAUUGUGCCCAAAGGCCAGGAGUUGGGAAAAGGACAUCCCUUCUUCACAUUCUGGAAGCCUUCUAAUUCUUGAUGUUCCAAAUAUUUAGUGUGGAAGAAAAAACCUGUAAUCUUUUGUGCAUUAUGUAGUGCUCUAUUAAUCUGAUAAGUAUAUCAGAUGAACACUUCACUAAACAGUUAACAUUUUGCUAAAUGUGUACAAGCUGCUUCAGCAACUAAUCAAUGAAAACUUACAGGUUAGACAACUUAGAAUUUUUCAAACAUUUAAACAUGAAUUGUUAAAGAUUUCUAAGCAUUUAAUUCAAAUCUUCAUGGGCUAAGCAUGAGCUCUACCACUAAGCUAUAUCCCCAGCACGCUUACGGUACCUUUUUCAUAGAUUUUCCUCCUUAAGUUGGGAACUCUUUGAUUGUUGGCUCUCUAGCCAGUAACGUUUUGAUUUUUAUAACUCCCAAGUGAUGCUUGUCCUGGGUGCCUUAUCUUUACAACCCAGCCCAGUGUAGGUAUAUUUUGAUACCACUUGCUUCUAGUAGAGUCCAGUGUAGUUCAGUUUAGUUCCAUUAUAACUCUUCCUUGUCCUGAGUCUUCAAGGCCUGUUGAUAAGCCUCAUGGUUGGAGAGCUGUGUAAUUUGUCUUUUCAAAAAUAUCAAUUUACAAGAUUGGCCAUUUGUUGAAAAUUACUGAAACUGGGUAUUGGGUACGUAACAGUUAUCUAUUUUUGUACAUGUUUAAAAUAUCCUUUAACAGGGCUGAGGUUGUAGCUCAGUGGUAGAGCACUUGCCUUGAGGCACUGGGUUCAAUCCUCAGCACCAUAUAAAAAUAAGUAAAGAUACUGUGUUCAUCUACAACUAAAAAUCAACAACAACAAUAAUAAUGAAAAAAACAACAUCCUGUAACAGUUGGGCAUGUUGAAUCCCAACAACAGGAGGUUGGGGCAGGAGUAUUACAAGUUUGAGACUAACCUCUGUAAUUCAGUGAGGUCCUAAGGACUUAGUGAGACCCUGUCUCAAAACAAACAAAAAAAUGGGCUGGGGAUGUGGCUCAGUGGUUAAGUGACCCUGGGUUCAAUCCCUAGUACCAAAAAAUAAAAAUAAAUAAAAUACUCUGUAACAAAAAAGUUCCAACACAAUAAACCCUCAGUGGUCUAGUAUAUGCUUAGCUUAUGCUAAGCCUCAGAAAACAAGCUAAAAAUGUUCUGCCCUGUAAAGCUGCUAGUAGUCACUCCAUUUACCAGGCAGUUGAGUACCUCUCCCAGGCUACCACAGUAGCACCAGUACAGGGUGCAUGUUGGUUCUUUGUAACAUGAAAAUUAUUUAAACAGAUCCAGCCUGCUGAGUACAAAGCAUGAUGCUAAGUGCCUGAAGGAAGUUGCGAAACGUGACGCCAUACACAGUAGGGGCAGGUGCAAUGGUAUUACCCUAAGGAGACUGGCCAAUCACCCAGCUGGCAACUGCACAGCCACAUGUUGGAGUGAAAGGACCUGUGGCUAACAGAGAGGGUCCUAGGUUGAGGAGAGGACAGAUGGGGCAGAGAAUGUAAAAGCUGGCAGGAUGAUGGGGUUUUGGGUAGAGGAAGAGGAAAGGACUGGGCAAAUAAUUGAGAGAAGUGGUAAGGGAGGUGAGAACUAAAUUCAGAGAUUUGGGCUAUGUUUGGUGAGCUGGGGCAAGGGAAGAGGGAAAAGUCUAAUUGGUGUUUUGAGUCAAUAACAUUUCUUUUUUGGCACCAGGGAUUGAACUCAGGGACACUUAACCACUGAGCCACAUCCCCAGCCCUUUUUAUUUUGCAGUUUAAGAAAUAGUCUCACUAAGUUGCUUAGGGCCUCACUAAAUUGCUGAGCCUGGCUUUAAACUUGUAAUCCUCCUGCUUCAGCCUCCUAAACUGGUGGGAUUAGAGGCAUGUUCUAACAUGCCCAGCCAAUACCUCAUUUCUUAAACCAUUAAGUUUUUGUAUCCCACAAAUUUAUCCAUCACUCCAUCAGCUCCUUCUUUCACACUUCAUUUGAGUAGAUGACAUUUAAAGUUGAUAAAUCUUAUUAUAAGUGGUACAAAUGUAUGGCUUAUAAAUAUGGAGCUAAUAGAAUAAAUGAACAAAAGUGCUGACUGGUGGAAAAAGGGGAAGUAGAGGAUAAGUAGGGCAGAGUACUGCUAUUUUCAUUAUAAUCUUUUUAAAAAUUUUUUCAUCUGAUAAAAAUUAGAAUUUUUUCCCAUUUAAAUUAAUUAAAGUCGAGUACACAUUG